AUGUUUCAAACAUACGCUCUGAUAGGCUUUUUCCUCACUUUAGUGGGUUUUACCAGUUUAACAUAUUUUGUGAAAUUCAUAAAAACAACCAAGAAAAAAGACAAGUUUACAAUAUGGUGUAUUUUCGAAUCUGUAGUGGUCAUUUUUAUCGGUAUUUUUUAUAUUUACGCUGCUAUAAUUUUGGCGAAAAAUAACGACAAUGUUGAAGUAGCACCAGAUUUGAAUUUUACCAGCAAUGGCUUGGAAGAUUUGGCCGCAAAUGUGCCCAGCAAUGAAGAAAAUAUCACUGAAGAUAUUUACAGUGAAGUGACUGAAAUCAAUCAAAAUGAAGAAAUUACUCCUGAACUUGUAACAGAGGAAUAUACAACAAUAUCAAUCAACACCAAGGACUAUUUCUUGGAAAAGUAUCAAAACAUGUUCAGGGACAUCAUCAGAAACAAGCUAAAAAACAGUACAUCCCAUAACCACACAAUAUUCUACAACAAUAAACAAUACAGAUCCUUACAAUUCGCGAAAAAUCCAAAACAACUGCACUGGGACUUCAGAAAACUUGAAGAAACCGUAAAAUUGGACAGAUGCUAUGAAGAAUUCUUCAUACAAAACGCCCUACUGGUCUAUUCAUUCCUACACUGCCUUUUAACCCUGUGCACUGUCACCAGAAACUGCAAAAAAUGCGAAGAAACCGAAAAAACACAACAAAAUCAAGAAACCCUUGAAAACAGCACGCUAGAUUCCAACAACGAAACGACAUCCCCGGUAGGCCCGUUUUUCGGCGAAAAAAUUGAAGAUCAAAAGGCGGUGUUGCCGAAUUUGGCUUUGUUUCAAGUGAAAUCGGCUAAUCAAAGUACAUCUGGCAGUCAAAAAGGCUUGAUUCCGACCAAUGAAAAGUCGGAAAAAUGCAAACUGUCAGCACAAAUUUUAAUCACUACUCUUAUACCUAUUCUGGCUGUUAUAGUGCUGUAUUUUAUCAUGAAAUCAGAGCAGGAGCAUAAUAUUAUCAUUAAUAACACCACUAGUAGCUUUGAGUUCAGUAAUAUUACAUCUGACCCUAAUAUAAUGGAUAUAAUACACAACCCCAUGAAUAUAACAACGAAUGAGAAAAGGGAUCAAGUAAACUUGGUGAUUCGUUCUGUGUACGAUAUAGUGAACAAAAUAAGUGAAAAUAAUAAUGAAAGAUCAUCUCUAUCGCCGAAAAUGUUCAACAUAAUCAACUUUCUGAACACUAACAGCAGAGAAACCUCUUCUAAUAACUCCACCAAGGAAAAUUGUUUUAAAGGGCAAAUCCCAUCGAAAAUCUACUAUUUCCUCGUCUUCAUCGUUAUAUACGUCGUCGUUAUUUUCUAUGCAAAACUCUCCCAAGUCUACGUAAACUCAAUAAACUCGGAGAAGGCUAAAAACCUCACGCUUUGCAUAGUAAGUUUUGCUGGCUUGUGGCUACCGAGCAUUCUAGAGCUGUUUUAUCGCGUUUACUUGAUGCAAAACAGCCCCAAUUUAUUCACCGACCUCUUUUUGGCCCUCGGCAACACCAACAAACUCGUUACGUUAACCACGAACUACGUCGAAGCGAAAAAAUUAUCGAAAAACCUCAACUUUGUAACACCGAUCGUCUAA